CGCACUUUAUAAACUAUUUAGGAAGAAGAAAUGAGUGUGACCGAAAGAAACGAAUAAAAUAAUUAUUUGAUCUUAAACAGAUAAAACUACAAGUUUAUAGCAGAAAAUGGUGAACUUGGCGGUUGCUCUAAGAUCGUCGAUGUGCAUUAUCGUGAAAUCAGCUGGACUUGUUCAACAUACCGUAGAAACCGAACCAGGAACAAAGAUUAGCUUCUGGUUACCGAAGAACUCAAGCGGGAUUAGGAAGCCAGCAAAACCUGCAGUAUUACUCAUUCACGGUUUCGCCGGCGACGGAGUGAUGACGUGGGCGUUUCAAGCUCGUUCGUUAUCAAAGCGAUACUCUGUUUACAUACCUGACUUGCUCUUUUUCGGUGGGUCUUACACAAAUAAACCGGACCGGUCACCAGAGUUUCAAGCCGAGUGUUUGGUUAAGGCUAUGUGUAUCCUUGGCGUGGAUAAGUUUGUCCCAGUGGGGUUUAGCUACGGUGGCGUUGUGGCAUUCAAGAUUGCGGAGUUGUACGGGAACAUGGUUAAGGCUUUGGUGGUGACCGGUGCACCUCCGAUUAUGACCGAUUCGAAUGUGAACCGGUUUGGGUUUAGUGCAAUGUCGGAUGUCUUGUUACCCAAAACGGUUAGAGGACUUGAGUUUCUUCUCUCUGUGUCUUUGCAUAAACGUAUUUGGCUCCCAAGUUGUCCUUUCAAAGAUUACCUUAAGACAAUGUUCACAAAUAGGAAAGAAAUGGCUGAACUUUUGGAAGCUCUAAUCAUCAACAAUGACACUACUACAAUCCCCAGUUUCCCUCGGAGAAUACAUCUUUUGUGGGGUGAAAAUGAUCUAUUCUUCAGUGUUGAAUUUGCAAAAGAUCUGCAAACGAAAUUGGGUGAAAUGACAAGCAUGGAGAGUAUAAAGAAUGGAGGUCAUUUGGUGCAACUGGACAGACCAUUUGUCUACAACAAACUACUCAACAAAUUUCUUGCUUCUGUUCAUUAAAACAAUGUUUGUGCUUUAGGAAAAGUCACUCGACGAUUAUAAUGCCUGUUAUGCUUGAAAAGUGUCUCUUAGAUUAAUAACGAGGGAAUGUAUUCAUCCUGCCAUUUGUCCAAUGAUCUAGUAAAACUCAAAUCGGUAAUUCAC